AUGCCGGUCUUUACAGAAUGUGCUUCUCGUUCACGAGACCUACGGGUCCUUCCAUAUUUCGCACCACCACUUCCUCGCCUGACAUCUCCAUUUUCGCCGGAAGACGAACAUGGAGAAAGAUACGAAGUUGUCAUAGUCGGGGCAGGACCAGCCGGCCUAUUCCUUAACCUCCUCCUUGCCCGCUACGGUCUAAACGACAAAUCCCUCCUAUGCAUCGAUUCCAAGCCCAGCACCCUACGCUCAGGCCAAGCAGACGGCAUACAGCCCCGCACAAUGGAGGUAUUCAAGACUCUGGGUAUCUCCGACGAGAUCGAGAAAGAAGCAUGCCAGAUGUGGCAAUUCGCAUUCUGGAACCCUUCCACCGAUACAACAAAGGUUAUUGAGCGCACUACUGUUGUCCCGGAAGUUUUGGCCCCAGCGCGUUUCCGUUAUGAGGCUACUAUUCAUCAAGGACGCAUUGAGCGCAUUAUGGAGACGGACUUGUGGAGGUAUUCGAAGAGGGGUGUUCUUCGUGAUACCAGGCUUGUGGAUGUGCGGUUUGACGAACAAGAUCAGGAAUUCCCGGUUCUUAUUACUAUGGCUACAGAUGGAUUGGAAAGGGUGGUGAGAACGAAAUAUCUUGUUGGUGCUGAUGGUGCGCACUCCGUGGUCCGGCAGUGUAUGGGUCUGCAGCUGGAAGGGGAGUCGCUGGAUCAUAUCUGGGGUGUCGUGGAUCUGGUGGCCGAUACGAAUUUCCCAGAUAUCCGGCGCAGAUGUGCUGUCCACUCCCCUGCGGGUUCUGUGAUGGUCAUUCCGCGGGAGAGAAUUGCCACAGGCGAGUACCUUACUCGUCUUUAUGUGCAUGUCCCAGAGACAGUGGCGACAGACGGCGACCAAGACCCAAAUGGAGCAAAUGGUAUCAAGUCUGAGAAUGCCAGACAGCGAAGGAGCAAGAUCACUCUGGAGGGAAUCUUGAAGCAGGCCGCUGAUGCAAUGCAGCCGUAUUAUAUCCGGCCAAAGGAAGGUGUUGUUGAUUGGUGGGCAGCGUAUCAGAUUGGGCAGCGAGUUUCGCCUGAAUUCCAUGUCAAGGACUCCAAGGGAGUUGCGCGGGUGUUCAUCGCUGGUGAUGCCUGCCAUACUCACAGUCCCAAAGCUGGACAAGGCAUGAACGUCUCUAUGAUGGACUCCUAUAACUUGUCCUGGAAAUUAGCCUACCACAUAAACGGGCUCACACCACCAACAGAAGAAAGCCCAAGCCCUUUACUUGACACGUACCAAGCGGAGAGACAUGAAAUCGCCCAGCAACUCAUCGACUUUGACCGUAAGUUCUCAAUUAUGUUCUCAGGCAAGAUGGGCACAACAGAGGGCCUCACCCAAGAAGAGUUCCAGCAGGCGUUCAAGCUUGGAAAUGGGUUCACCAGCGGCUGUGGAAUUGAGUAUCCUGAGAACAUGAUUGUAGUUAGAGAUGGCUUGGAUGGUUCUGCCAGUUCUAAAGCAGGAGCAGACUACCUAUCCGGAAUUCUCAGGCCGGGAAGGAGAUUGUUGAAUGUGCGCAUGCUGCGACAUGCGGACGGGUGCGAGCGGGAUAUUCAUGAUGACACCCCCUCUACGGGUCGCUUCCGUAUCUUAAGUCUCACAUCGACAGACCUUCUGGACAGAAACAGUGUUUCUGCGCAGGCACUUGACGCAACAACACGAUUGGCUGCUCAGUUUCCACCUACGAUCAUUGAACAAAUAGUUCUGCACCCUCGGCUCCAUCGAUCCUUCCAGUGGGAUGAUAUUCCUGCUUGUGUGAAGCAACAGGCGGAGAUGCGUUUCUAUGAUGGAUUGGCUCUAGAUGAUGCAUACAGGAUCUACGGAGUGGACCCCGCACGGGGUGCACUUGCUGUAAUUAGGCCUGAUGGGUACGUUGGCGUUGUUGCACGGCUUGAUAAUGUAGCGAAGUUGGAUGAGUAUUUGAAACGGUGCAUCCGAACUGUUGAUGGAGAGACACAGGUGUUUUAA